UCUUCAGAAAGGUUGACAGCAGCAGCGGCGCAGUGCAGAGCAGUGCAGUUGAGAGAUGGGAAUAGCUUGGUUGUACGCAGGCCAUCCAGCGCUUGUGAAGAACGGUUAUGCUGAAAAAUUCGAGGAGCUUUCGCGCCAAUACCCACCGUCUUCCUCGGAUGUGUCCAAGUGGACCGGAUCGGAACUGAUGAAGAUGAUAGGCAUCUUGGGUCUAUCAGGAUUGGAACCAGCAUUGAGGGAACAGGAAUUUUUGCCGGAAAACCCCGAAGAGGAAAGCCCGUUCGGCAGCCUCGAUGCCAGCGAACUGGAAGAAGUCUUCGAAGAUAGCGGUGUUCCUCGUAUUGAGAUCGACGCUAUCAAGGUAGCCCUGAGGUACCUCAAGGGUGAAUUCACCAACGUGUCUGUGAAAGCUUGAGGACGGAGAGCCUGUCUCACGUUACAACGAGGAUGGAAAAAUCGCCGACACCAGCUUGAGAAAAGCGACACUGCUGGACACGUGUAUAGCGGGCCCGGAGACAAAGAAACGUCAAUAUCGGGUCGAGGCUCAAGUUUCUUAUUUAUCGCCACUGUCGAGCUAGGUUGUAGAUUAAGUGUAAGGAUCAACCCCAGGUGUAUUUUCUAGCCCUAUUUUCAUAUCUUCCGAAAAAAGUGUGAAACUGUUUCUUGGUACACUUUUUUCCUACCUGCGGGCCCAUUCUGCACAACCUCAAGUGUUUUAGUUGCCUUUCCAUCACGACGCAGACAGGAUUGUUCGUGUCGAGGGAAGAAAAAGUGUCCGAGACGGCCCAUGUCGACAGUGUAUCUUGUGUUUCGGGAACAAAGGGAACAACAGCGUCUUCGGUCUGAGGUAAUAUAGCGACAUGGUUUCUUUCCUGGGGGCGCAACACUCGGGGGCUACUGUAUUUCAAACCCGACCCGCAAAAGGGG